AUGGGCGCGCCAGCUUUCGAUUGGCGGACAGGCGCCUCGCACAACCAGGUCGCCGAAGAGGCUCACAUUCAUCCUAGACCGGGGUCGGCAGGUCAUGGGGUUUCCGAAGAAGGUUCGUUCGCCGCACCAUCGACAGCUUCAUUGCCCAGCGCACAUACCAUCAACAAACGUGGUUGCCUCGUGGCAUUCGAUGCCGUGCUUGACAGCGAGGGCUUGGGGACGAAAAAGGUGGUUUGUAACAGAAAUGUGGAGAGUCAAUUGCUGGGAUUCGAGCGAAACUGGUCCCUGUCCGGGGCCAUGUCGAGGGCAGGGAAUGCGCCGGCUCGAUGGCGGGUGCGAUCCCCGUCCCGGGGGCCGGUGCAGAACAGAUGGGCGGAUGGUGCGGGGAGAUGGCACGGUGGAAGUGUGGGGUUGGCUUGUGGAGGUCGAGAAGGAUGGAUGAACCUGCGGAGACCUCGGCCGGCUCCACCUGCAGGUUUGGGAGAGCAAGUGGAGAGAGUCCCUGCUCUGGGGGCCUUGGCUGGAUUCACGCAGUGUGGCCGUCUCGCAAGCCAGCCCAAGUUGCAGUUGCCAUGA